CAACACUACUUCAGAAGCGCGAAGCAUGUAAAAGUUGGAAUAGAUCAUAUGAAAAACCAAAAAAAAAACGUACACAGGAUAUAUGUAUCAGUGAAACCUUGGGCAUCACGUUACGUCUUCAAGAAUCAAGUCACACGAUAUGGAAAAAUAUGAUUACGAUACGCUAAUAACUGUAAUUGAUUGUAAUUAAUGUGUAGAGAUUUUCUCUGUAGUACAUAAGGGAUGAUUAUGCAUUCCACAUUAAUAUAGAGAAACAUUCUUUCGAUCGUGUCUCCUCUUUAUGGUAUCAAAGCACGAAAUUUGAUUUCUUUCCUUUGCUAAGAAACCAAACGAACCCGACCGAUGACGAACAACGAAGGUAUUAUUCCUCCGAUGAACCCGAACCCGACCACGACAGCUGCGACAACAACGACCACGACGGAGGUGCGACGAACCAUCUCUCCUUACGACUUGACGGCGGCCGAUAAUCCAGGGGCUGUAAUCUCACAUCCAUUGCUCACAGGUGCAAACUACGAUGAGUGGGCUUGUGGGAUGAAGACAGCUCUAUGCUCUCGAAAAAAGUUUGGUUUCCUUAACGGGACCAUUGCACGACCAGCGGAAGGUUCACCAGAUUUGGAGGAUUGGUGGACCAUUCAGGCGCUUCUAGUGUCGUGGAUCAAGAUGUCUAUUGAUCCGACACUCCGUUCUAAUAUCACUCACCGAGAUGUGGCCAAGGAUCUAUGGGAUCAUUUGAACAAGAGGUUCUCUGUCACCAAUGGACCUCGAAUUCAGCAAAUCAAGGCUGAUAUUGCAUGCUGCAAACAGAGAGGUCUCCCGAUUGAGACUUACUUUGGGAAGCUGACUCGCAUUUGGGAUAGUAUGGCUAGCUAUCGUCCAUUAAGGCUGUGCAAAUGUGGGAAAUGCGAGUGUGAUCUUGGAACUCUUCGAGAAGAGGAUAAAGUCCACCAAUUCUUGUUUGGACUUGAUGACACGUUGUAUCGGACCGUGAGAUCAAGCUUAGUCUUGCGAGUUCCCAUUCAACCAAUGGAGGAAGUUUACAACAUUGUUCGUCAGGAAGAAGACUUGGUGAAAAACGGCACUACAAACAUGGAAGAAUCUAGUGGUGCGACUGCAUUUGCGAUUCAAACAACACCACCUUACCGAAGAGAAAAAAAAGACAAGCCGGUGGUGUGCAAACAUUGUAACCGUGUUGGCCAUUCCAGUGAUAGUUGUUACGGUGUUAUCGGUUAUCCAAAGUGGUGGGGAGAGAGACCGAGAUCUCGCACUUCAACAGGACGUGGUCGAGGCUGUGGUGUAUCCAAUGGAGGCGCUGGACGUGGACGUGGAGUCUCAUUUGCUAAUGCGGUUCACGUUGCGGCACCUUCAAACUCCGCGAGUGCCCACUAUGUUGUGACGGACAAUGAUCGUGAUGCUGUGAAGGUGAGCGACUCUCAGUGGCGAGCAAUUAAGAGUCUUCUCAAUGCUGGUGUUCUCAACGAACUGAAGAAGUUAAGCGGUAUGUCUUCUAUUCCUUUUUGGAUCAUGGAUACAGGUGCUUCUCAUCAUUUAACUGGGAGAUUAGAUCUGUUAACGGAUGUUAAAGACAUGUUGCCUGUGGGAAUUAUAUUAGCUGAUGGUAGAGAACGAGUAUCUAUCAAAGAAGGGUCUAUACGACUUGGGCCGAAUCUGAUCUUGCGAUCUGUUUACUAUGUUAAAGGGUUUCAAUCUGAUUUGAUCUCUCUUGCUCAGUUAAUGGAUGAGAAUCGGUGUGUAGUACAGUUGGCUGAUCAUUUCCUUGUUGUUUAGGAUCGUACUACGAGGACGGUGACGGGAGUUGGUAGACGUAUGGGAGGGACCUUCCACUUUAGGAGUAUGGAGUUUGCUGCAUCGGUAGUGAUUAGAGAUGAGAAGUCUUUUGAGCUUUGGCACAAUAGGAUGGGUCAUCCUGCAGCUAAAGUAGUUGGUCUACUUCCUGUAGUUUCUAAUGUCAUUCCUUCUGCAA